AUGUUAUUAUUUUUACUUGUCCUCUUUGUUUUUAGUGUCUGUUCAGUGGAAGUGCGCCACAUCACUGAUUUAGACCGGGUGAAAUUACAAGAAGAGUCUAAACAUGUGAUGUUGAUGAUUCUUCUUGAGAACGAUGAUACCAAAGUGUCAACAUAUCAAACUUUUGCACAAAAAAAUCAGGACUUAGACGUUGACUUCUGUUACACAAUUAAACAAGAGUCUUUACAAAUUGUUCGUGAGAGAGACAUUUCCCUUUUUCCCGCAUUUGUCAUUAUAAGACAUCACGAUCAAAAGGAUAUGAUCCUCCAAGGUGGUUUUGACAUCCCCAAGAUACAACAGUUUUUCGAAAUAGGGACAUUACCCAUCAUAUAUUACUUCAUGGACUCCUCUUCUGUCCAAGUCUUUUCGAAGAAGGCAUAUACAACUUCCUUUGUAUUUGAACGAAAUAAAGACGUGUUGUUUAACCCCUUUUUAAAUGAGUACGCAACAGCUUCUUACAAAUUGGCGCCCCUCUCAGACACUUCAUUUUACUAUACAGAGUCGAGUGUCUCACAGUAUCAACUCAUUUUCAAUGAUAACAUGAGGUACUCCGAUGAGUCCGAUUUACUCGUCUAUUCCCCCAAAUCAAAUUUGUCGAUGGGACUUUGGAUGGAUCGAGUAGCUUUCCCACUCUUCCAACCAGUAACAGAAGACUCAAAGAGUCUACUUGUAAAGGCAAAUAUGAAAGCAAUUAUUAUCGUCUCCGAAGAUGUCACAAAACAAGACUAUUUAAAUUACGUAUCAAUCGCUCGUGCGGCCCGCGGACAUAUUGCUCUUAUGUACUGCACAAAGGGGAGUUUCUUCGACACUCAAAUUGGUGGAGAAUUUCCGAUCCGUGUUGUCAACGAGAACUUCGAGAGGAUAUCGGAGGGCGGCAUAUUAGAAGAUUUAAUCAAGAAAUAUACAGAUGACGACAAAAUCGGUGAUUUGCGAAGUUAUAAAAUAUCCGACGACGAGAGCAAUCCGUUAUAUGACAUGAUGAAGUUGAUGAUGGACUCCGGGAGUUAUCAAGACUUAUUUGAAUCGCCGAAGAACAAACCCUAUAUCGACUUGUUUAUGGGAAUUAUAGCAAACAAAACACUUUCUAAUGAUGUCUUUGCGUUAAUGAAUCAAUUCACACAAAUCGACUUCUACUCGGAAGACUCCGACGUCGAUGAGAUCAUCGAUUUCUUGAAGAAUGAAAAAUUGUGGGCAACCCUAGACGUCAUCAAUGUCCAGCACUCUUCUAUUCCUAAAGAACAAAUGACCUUCUUAAACAAUUUGAACCGAAUCGUCCACGACGAAGUCGCUUCAAAAACACUUGAAACGAUUGUUCGAAGGACAUUCAGAUCGCAAAUAGUUCGCAAUUUCUUUAAAGAGAAUCCAGUCAUUGAAAAUGUGAAGCCUGAGCAAGUGAUAGCACUAGCCAACACCCCGGAGAUUAAAGCCAUUCUAGAAGACAUCCAAGCACUCAUGAAAACAGUGGAGGAAAGAAAAUUGAUACACAACGAGCUCUAA